AUCCAACCUUAGUUCAUCCACCUCUAUCACCAUGCGGUGCUUCCUUCCUAACCGCUUGCGGGUCCUUACUUCACCAUGUAUCGCGACGCUUGCUUCUCCUCGGGCCCUUUGUGUAAUCACGCCAGCAACCCCAAAUGACAAAGGUGCUGAAGCUAUCAGCAUUGAGCCGCCAAAGAAAGAACCUCACUCACACGGAAACGAUAGUGGCAUUCGAUUUGUCUAUGAACCACCUCGGCGCUUUGUCCUGGGCGUGCUGCGGAAGCGACGACAAAGCCCUCCCACCUCUUCCAAGAUAAGGGUGGACCUGCUAAUUGAGGGAAACCCGCUGGGCACGUCAACCACCCACCUUGACUCGCUGCUGCCCCAGCUGCGGAGCGAUGCGGCAGAGGCGCUGCAAAGAGUGCUGCAGCUUAAGACCCGGCCGGAGGCGGAGGCGGCAUGGAAGAUGCCACGGGUGGCCUGUCUGUCGCUGGUGCUGUGCGACGACCCGCACAUCCGCUCCCUCAACAGCCUGCACCGGGGCAAGGAUGCGCCCACGGACGUGCUGUCGUUCGAGCUGGACGAUGAACUGGUGCACCGGGUCCACCUGCCCGUGAAGCUGAUGGGAGACCUGGUGGUCUCGCUGGACACGGCGGAGAGGCAGGCGCGGGAGCGGGGCCACUCCCUGCAUGACGAGUGUCGUAUCCUGCUGGUGCACGGGCUGCUGCACCUGGUGGGUUGGGACCACGAGGCGGGACGGGAGGCGCACAGGGCCAUGGCGGCGGCGGAGGGGGAGGUGCUGGCGGGGCUGGGGUGGCGGGGCGCGGGGCUCAUUGCGGCAGCGGGGGAGGAGGAGGAGGGGGAGGAGGAGGAGAAGGAGGAGGCAGGGAAGGGGGGGCAGGCGGAGGAG